AUGGGAGGAUUUCAUGAAAACCGGCUUAUUCGAUGUGUACGAGAACGGGAGAAGGAGAUCAGAACGAAACACGUGGUCACUGAUGUCGGAGGGAAAACUCCAUCACAAGAUAUGAAGGUAGAUCGCUGGUUUCUGACGAGAUUCUCCAUCGAAAACGCCUAUGGAGGAUUGUGUGAAGAGUUCUUCUCAUUAGAUGGCGGACCGAGUGCGUGGGAAACUCAAACCGGCAAAGGAAAUCCGUUCAUUGCGACACCACUCGGAGGAAACACCAAUCGCCAACUUAAGAUCAAUGCCCAACGUGUUGGACCGCUAUAUCAAGGUGAAUAUCUGGCCAGCGAGGGACCAACAAUGAGCAGUGUGUUUGAUUUUUGGUGCAUGGUUUGGCAGGUAAGCCGUUUCGUGGGCAUUCUUCUUCAAGAACCCGACCUGGAACGGGUUGUUCAGGAAAAGGUGGAACGGAUUCUAUCAGUGAACUUUCCACAUGAGGAACGCCUUUAUCCAGCAAUAUAUGAUCCAUCCAAAGAAACAAUACAAUAUUGGCCGAUAGAAAUUGGCAAAACUGUUGCUUAUAUGCCAUUUAAAAUCACGUGUAUUGACACUAGGAUGAUGAUAUCUCCUGGCAUUCGAGCCGUUAAGCCCAACGAUAUGGUUUAUCGAGUGACACAAUUACGGAUUUCAUACUCUAAUCCUAUCGGCGAUCCAGAGCCCGACAGAGAAAUCGUACACAUGUGUUACUAUCGGUGGCCUGAUGGAUGUUUACCAAUACCAUGGCCUGUGACUACAGCAUCAUAUGCGGCCACAGCGCUGCGAAUUAUUGAUAUAGUCGAG